AUCAACUAUAUAUGCACUAUCAUGUUGCAAUGUUGCAUGGGUGUCAAGAGUCAAGACACGAUUUGCGUUAUGGAGAUUGGAGCGAAGGUGGAGAGAGUGGACGGGCGGAAGCUUGGUUACGCGGAUUUCGUCGAUCGAUAUCUCAAGAAUAAUCUCCCCGUGGUUCUUACGGACCUUAUGGAUGGAUGGCAGGCCUGCACUGAUUGGGUCACUGCCGAUGGCCGACCAAAUAUCCGCUUCUUCGCUGACCAUUUCGGCAAAUCCAUGGUUCAGGUUGCAGAUUGCUGUAAAAGAGUUUUCACAGAUCAGAAAAGGGUCGAGAUGUCUGUCUCUGAGUACACCGACUAUUGGCUCAGUAUUUCUUCUACUAAGUGUAAUAAAGUUGCAAACAGCAAUGGUGGCACUGAAUCUUUGUUGUACCUGAAGGACUGGCAUUUUGUCAAAGAGUAUCCUGAUUAUAUCGCCUACACGACUCCAUCUUUUUUUGUUGAUGAUUGGCUCAAUCUUUACCUUGAUAGUCACCGCUUGCAUCGUGAUUCAGACAUUACUCAAGAUAAAAAUGAAACAAAUUGUGCUGAUUACCGAUUUGUUUACAUAGGAGUUAAAGGUACUUGGACCCCACUUCAUGCUGAUGUUUUCAGGUCGUAUAGCUGGUCUGCUAAUGUAUGUGGGAAAAAACUGUGGUUUUUGUUACCACCUUCACAGUGUCACCUUAUCUUUGAUAGGUACCAAAAGAGUUCAGUCUAUGAUGUUUAUGCUGAUAUCUCUGAAAAGAAGUUUCCUGGCUUUAAAAAGGAAAGGGGAAGGAGCCCUUGGGACAAUAAAAAGAGGCUGUUUGGUGGGAAUGCACUCAAGAACAGAAUGAGAUUAUCUUUGUUCCAAGUGGGUGGUAUCAUCAGGUCCAUAAUUUGGUGAGAACUACAAUCUUGCUUAAAACAAACAUACUGUGAAAUUUUCUCUCUGCAAGUUGCCUUUUCCCACUUUAAAUGAAAAGUCAUAAUUAUGUAUUCAUUUGCAAGAAGUGCUUUAGCGUAUUUCAUUUUAUAUACCAUUUGAAUGCAUGUAUGGUUGAUACAAAUGCAAACAACCCAGAAUGAAUGUAAAUUGUACAUUAAAUUGAAUGCAAAAAUGAUAUCUUCAUUCAUAUUAAGACUCUCUUGUACUAUUGAAGCAAAAACAAAAUGAAAUAUACAUGCAUAAUGAGAUGUGA